GAGGAAAUUGAUGAAGAAAUCAGUACAGAUGAAAAUGUAGAAUCAGCUGCAAGAGUGUUAAUAAAGUUAUCACAGAAUACUGCAAGCUCUUUAGAAUUAGAAGGAUCUAAUGAAGAAAUUCGCAAAUUAGCUCCAAAAACAAAUAAAAGAAAUAUAUCAAACACCAAAA